AUGGCGAGUUUAUGGAUUGGCAACGUUACUGCUUACUUCAACGAGACUACUGCUACCACUGCAAUGCAUAUCAUCGCAGCUGACUUCAAUAGUCUCGCUAACCAGAACUGGAUCGCAACAUCCUACUUGUUGGGCUUCACCGUUACACAAACCCUUCUUGGCAGGCUCGCCGACAUCUUCGGGCGUGCCCAGGUCUUCAACGGUACAAUGCUUAUUUUUGCUGCUGGAACCCUGUGGUGUGGGCUGGCCACGAGCAUGAAUUCAUUGAUUGGCGCUCGCCUUCUUCAGGGCAUAGGUGCCGCUGGCAGACAAUCUGUUGGCGUGAUCAUUAUUUUGGAUUUGACAACGGCGGACUCACGAGGUUUGUGGUUGGGAUUUUUCAACUGUGCCUCUGCAAUCGGUCUAGCGAUUGGGCCCGUAUUAGGCGCAGUCCUCUCCGUCGACGCAGAUUGGAGAUGGAUAUUCUGGAUCACGCUCAUGCUCAUCGGAGUCACGCUGACCAUUGGAACAACAUGCCUCCGAUACCCUGUUCCUCAUCGGAAGCAACGCAUCGGAUUACUUGCACAGCUAGGAGAAGUGGAUUACGUUGGUUCUGUACUUGCCAUUGCGGUCUCGAGCAUGAUAUGUAUUGCCAUUGAGAUGGGAAACAAGUUGUUCCCCUGGAACUCGGCACCUAUCAUUGUUCUUUUCAUCGUUGGAGGUCUCCUCAUACCUGUCUUUGUUUUCUACGAGCUCAAGGUAGCCGAACACCCGGUUGUUGAUAUUCGCCUUUUCAGCAUACCUAAUAUUCCCAUCACUUGUUUAAUCAAUUUUCUCACUGGAGCUGGCUACUUCGGUUCCGUCUUCUUCCUUCCCCGUUACUUCAUCGACAUCAAAGGUUCCAGCCUCAUUCAGUCCGGGCUGCAGAUGUUUGGCAUUAUCCUCACGCUCGGCAUAUCUUCGGUCGCAGGGGCCAACAUCCUCGCGCACACAGGGCAGGUGCGCCUUAUUGGCGUAGUGGGCGGGGUGUUAUAUGCACUGGGUAGUGGUUUAAUGUUGAUGGUGGCACAGUACACGCCUGCAGUGACAACUAUCGGUUUUUCCAUUAUCACGGGCAUUGCGUCCGGUCUGCUCUACCAGCCUUCUCUCGUCGUUGGACCCAUGUCUGUCAAACCCCAUCAAAUUGCAGGAAUCAGCGGGUUCUUGUCUUUUAUACGGACAUUAGGGGGUACAUUUGCCACUACACUCCUCACAGCAAUAUACGAGACCAGCUUUACACAAUCGCUCCGCGGAAAAAUCCCAGACUCUUUGGUGGACCAGGGUCUUGAGCUCGCGGACAAUCAUGCUGCUUAUCCUCAGUACGAUGAGCAGAUCCUUGCCGCACUCGUCAAAGCCUAUCACUUCGGGACAAUACCGGCUAUCUGUUUUGGCGUUAUCUACGCUAUAGCAGUGACCUUACUCUCUAACGUGGACUUCGUCCCGGCAUGGAAACGGAAAUGGAUAGCAGCAAAACAAAAGAACGAGGAAGCUUGA